UUUAUCUCCUUCCAGAUCGCUCUUUUCGUAAUCCUCGCCGUCGCUGCCGUCUAUGGCGUUGAAGAGGCCAAGACGACCGAGAAGCGUGGCAUCUAUGGUGGCCUCGGCUACGGAGGCUACGGAGGCUAUGGAGGCUAUGGAGGCUACGGCUUGAGCUCCGGAUACUACGGUGGUCUCGGUGGAUAUCAUGGUUUGGGAGGAUAUCAUGGCGGAUACUACGGUGGUUACCCACUUGGAGGUUAUGGAGGCUAUGGCGGCCAUGGAUACUAUGGUGGUUUGGGACACGGAUACCCUGGAUAUGGUUUCGGAUACGGGGGACUGCACUAAGGCGUAUCUGUGGCAAGGCUUUCAAUUUAAGGCUGUUCCUUAUCUCCCACCCAUUGUACUAUGAGGCGAAGACUUUCAGAAAUCUAAUGAGAAAUGUGUGUUUUGGUUUGACCACGAUUUACUACUACUUUGGACGAUACGAUUUACAACCACUUUUCUUUAUUUAAUGUAUUAUAUACUCAAUUGAAACGGUACACUGUCAGUGUUUAAGAGUUUCGAAAUUGCUGUGCAUAAAGAAUUUCAGACGAUUCAAC